AUGUUUGUAGAACACAGUUUUUCGUGUUCACUGCCACAAAAAAUAAAUUCUCACAUUGUAAAUUCUUCCAAAAGACCACGUUUUUCACAUUCCGUGAUCCACCACGUCUUUGUGGUAAUCUUCUUCCGGAAAUCGGAUCAUUCCAUCUCGAACAACAUGCGCUGGCAGUUGAUGAUCUUGUGGCUGGGCCUGGUGGCUGCGGCUCCGGUCAAGUGGCGUCGUCAGGUGGUGGCUCCCACUUGGCUGCUGGGACCUACAGUGCCGCCAUCAUCGCAGGUCGUCCGGGUGGUGGUCACCCAACAGAAUCUACGCGAAGCUGCUGCUCUGAGGGCUCAGAUACAGAAGGCCGUCAACGAGGAUACCUUUGUGGUGGCUGCUCCACCAAGUCAGCAAUUUCUAAGCCAACUUGGAGGUCGAAGUGCUGUCCCAUCCUUUCCCGUCUGGAACUUUACCAUGUCCUGGCCCCAAAUGGGAUGA